AAAAGAGUUUAAUACUCUCUUACACUAUAAAUCCGCUGUUCUCGUUCUGUGGAGAGAGUACACUGUUUUCCGCUCGCAGCUAAUCUCGCUACAGAUUACCACCUUCGAGAAAUUGGGAUUUGAACUGUGGGAAUUGUGUUGGAAUUCGGUAGAUGGCAUCGUCUGCUCUGAUCUGCGAAACUGAGCCAUGGAAGGAUUUGAAGGUCCAUGUAGAUGACAUUAAGAAGACUCAUUUGCGUGAAUUGAUGUGUGACACUAAGCGCUGCCAGUCCAUGAUGGUUGAGUUCGAUGGGAUAUUGUUGGAUUAUUCGAGGCAAUGUGCCACUCUUGAUACCUUGAAUAAGCUCAAAAAUUUAGCAGAGGCAGCACAUCUGAAAGAAAAGAUUAACCGGAUGUUCAAUGGAGAGCGCAUAAACAGCACAGAGAACAGAUCUGUCCUUCAUGUAGCACUUCGUGCUCCAAGGGAUUCAGUCAUAAAUAGUGAUGGGAAGAAUGUGGUCCCAGAUGUUUGGCAAGUUCUUGAUAAGAUCAAGGAUUUCUCUGAGAGGGUCCGCAGUGGUGCCUGGGUAGGAGCCACUGGGAAAGCGUUGAAAGAUGUCAUUGCAAUUGGAAUUGGAGGCAGUUUCCUAGGUCCUCUUUUUGUCCAUACAGCACUGCAAACAGACAAUGAAGCUGCUGAAUUUGCAAAAGGUCGCCAGUUGCGUUUCCUUGCAAAUGUUGACCCAAUUGAUGUUGCAAGAAACAUUGCAGGGUUGAAUCCUGAAACCACUUUAGUUGUUGUGGUAUCAAAAACUUUCACAACAGCUGAGACCAUGCUGAACGCCCGGACUUUGAGAGAGUGGAUCUCGGCUGCCUUGGGGCCUCAAGCAGUGGCAAAGCACAUGGUUGCUGUCAGCACUAACCUCACGCUUGUGGAAAAGUUUGGCAUUGAUCCAAAUAAUGCUUUUGCAUUCUGGGAUUGGGUAGGAGGACGCUAUAGCGUUUGCAGUGCUGUUGGAGUAUUGCCACUUUCUCUGCAAUAUGGUUUUGCAGUUGUUGAAAAGUUCCUAAGGGGAGCUUCAAGUAUCGAUCAGCAUUUCCAUUCAGCGCCUUUUGAGAAAAAUUUACCUGUGCUAUUAGGCCUGUUGAGUGUUUGGAAUGUUUCAUUCCUUGGAUAUCCAGCUAGAGCAAUUUUACCUUAUUCUCAAGCACUGGAAAAAUUUGCACCACAUAUUCAGCAGGUUAGCAUGGAGAGUAAUGGGAAAGGGGUUUCAAUUGAUGGCGUGCCUCUUCCAUAUGAGACUGGUGAAAUUGACUUUGGUGAACCAGGAACAAAUGGACAACACAGCUUUUACCAAUUAAUUCACCAGGGUCGUGUUAUUCCAUGUGAUUUUAUUGGUGUGGUAAAGAGUCAGCAGCCUGUUUACCUGAAAGGUGAAUUAGUAAGCAACCAUGAUGAGCUCAUGUCAAACUUCUUUGCCCAGCCAGAUGCACUUGCCUAUGGGAAGACUCCAGAACAGUUGUUAAAAGAGAAUAUUCCUGAACAUCUUAUUACUCACAAGACUUUCUCUGGCAAUCGUCCAUCUCUUAGCAUUCUACUUCCUUCACUGAAUGCUUACAAUGUCGGACAGUUACUGGCGAUUUACGAACACAGGGUUGCCGUUGAAGGAUUUGUAUGGGGUAUCAAUUCUUUUGACCAAUGGGGGGUAGAAUUGGGAAAGUCACUGGCUACUCAAGUCAGAAAGCAACUCCAUGCAUCCCGUAAGAAAGGUGAAGCAGUGGAAGGGUUCAAUUUCAGUACUACCACAGUCUUAAAAAGAUAUCUAGAGGCAAGCGCAGACGUUCCUAAGGAGGAUUGCACAAUUUUGCCAAAGAUGUAAUCCUCGACUCCACCAGAGAAAUUGUCAGGCACACAACUUGGUUUGCAUGGAUGAUUGCGUAACUAAUUUGCUCGUGGCUGUCGUUGUACAACUUUAUGGCCAAAUUUUCUUUUUCAUGACCAUUGUUCUUCAAAGUCAUCUCAUUUAUGUUCAAGUCGGUUCCUGUCAUUUGCUCUGAUAUGACCUCCUCCCAGAAUUCCCCCUACUAUUAACUUGUAUUUAUGAACAUAAUGUUCAUAACAAUCAUACUCACGGCAGCAAUAAUACUUACAAGUUUGAGGGGAA